AUGCUUCGAGCCGUCAUCUUCAUCCAGCUGACGAUAUGGGUGGCUACGAUUCAUGCCUUCUUCCCAUGGCUCCAGCGGCAUGCCUGCACGGAGGGCCACUGCGAACAAUUGAGGAGGGCGGUUGGCGAACGAGCUCCACAGACCUCUUCGGAUGUCGUGACAUACAAAUUGUCACAGCGGGUCGACAGUGACCCACCUAUUCGAGCUGCCCGACAAGCAAGUCGACUGCUUCGAAAGUAUGGAAAUCGGAAGUCCACACGCACCGCCCGGCAGCAGCCCGACCUGACCCGGAGAGACAACAAGUACUCGGUCGUGCCCCCCGAACCGUCCCCGGGAAAGAACAGUGCAGGCAUAUAUCAGGACGGGACCGAUUUCUGUUAUUUCGUCGAAGCUGGCAUCGGCUCGAACGGAAAGCCGCUGUACAUGCUCCUUGACACGGGUGCCGGAACCACGUGGAUAAUGGGAUCGGACUGUCAGACGUCCGCCUGCAAGUUGCACAACUUGUUUGGUCCAUCCGACUCCAAUACCUUCAAGGAGAAAUCCGAGACUUUCUCUAUCGCUUAUGGAUCGGGAACCGUUGGUGGCAGUCUCGCACAGGAUACGAUUUCGGUGGCCGGGCUGGAUGUACCCAUGACUUUCGGCCUUGCCAAUGCAACAUCCGACGACUUCAGCCACUAUCCCUUCGACGGAAUACUGGGUCUUUCGAUGACCACUACCGCAACUGACAACUUCCUCCAAGUCGUCAAGGACGCCAAGCUGCUCGAGUCCAAUAUAUUUGGUGUGUCUUUGAGCCGCAGCUCGGAUGGUCCGAACACUGGCGAAGUUAGUUUCGGUGGGACAAACCCCUCCAAGUAUACGGGCUCCAUCUCUUAUUCCCCCGUCUCAUCCAAGGCGGGUAACGACUGGGCGAUAGCAAUGGAUGACCUGGCGUACGAUGGGAAGAACGCAGGAGUCGAGGGAAGACUGGCGUACAUUGAUACCGGUACCUCAUACGUGUUUGGACCCCAGGAGGAUGUUGCUGCCAUCCACAAGUUGAUUCCUGGCGCAAAAAGCUCGGACGGAACCACCUAUACCGUGCCCUGCAAGAGCGACAUACCCAUCAACGUCUCGUUUUCGGGCGUGAGCUACACCAUAUCUCCAGCGGACUGGUUUACAUCUUCUUCCGACGGCGGUACAUGUACGAGUAAUAUUUAUGGCUACGCCGUUGUGAAGGAUGCCUGGUUGCUUGGAGAUAUGUUCUUAAAGAACGUCUACACUGUCUUCGACACGGAUGAAAAGCGAAUCGGAACCCUCCUAGGACGGAAGCGGAGGUCUGAGACGCUUGUUCCCCGCCCUUUGAAAAUGAUGGGCAACCGAACCGGGGCGAGCGCGAAUCCCCCGUCGCACCACCACGGCGCCGACAACGACGAAGACAUCGUCCUCCUGGCCGCAGGGCCGGACCUCGGCGACGAUGACGACUACGAGGGUGAAGACUACAGAAUAGACGAGAGCGGCAAGGGCGACAGCGACGGCGACGAUGGAAUCAUGGUACACCCCCCCACGGCGGCCCUCGCGCCCCCGGGGCAGCGGACGCCACGGACGCCGAACCGCGUCCGCUUCGACCUGCGGCCCACCGUGGUCGACGGGGCGGCGGCGGCGGCGGCCGGCGCGAACGGCGGCGCGUACCACCACGCCCGCGACAGCCUGGACGACGGCGGCAACGACGAGGACGACCCCCUUGACCCGGGCGGGCGGGAGUACGACUACCGGCAGCCGCUGCUGACGGACAUUGAGGCGCCAACCGUGGCGCUGGCGAACAGCGGGCCGUGGGGCAGGGACGAGGCGGUGCACGACUGGGCGGAUGCGGAGCGGCGGCGGCCCAAGUCGUCGAUGGGGCCGGCAUUCAUGAACAUGGCUAACAGCAUCAUCGGGGCGGGGAUUAUCGGGCAGCCGUACGCGUUCAGGCAGGCGGGCCUGCUGUCGGGGAUCGUUCUGCUCGUGGGCCUAACCUUUGUCGUCGACUGGACCAUCUGCCUCAUCGUGCUCAACAGCAAGCUCAGCGGCGCCAACAGCUUCCAGGGCACAGUCGAGCACUGCUUCGGCCGGACGGGCCUGAUCGCCAUCUCGGUCGCGCAGUGGGCCUUUGCCUUUGGCGGCAUGGUCGCCUUCGGCAUCAUCGUCGGCGACUCCAUCCCCCACGUCUUGCUCGCCGUCUGGCCGGGGCUGAGGGACGUCCCCGUCGUGGGGCUGCUGGCCGAUCGGAGGGUCGCGAUCGUGGUCUUCGUCUUGGGCAUCAGCUACCCUUUGACGUUAUAUCGGGAUAUUUCCAAGCUUGCAAAAGCAAGUACACUUGCUUUGAUAAGCAUGGCUAUCAUUGUUAUUACAGUCCUUACCCAGGGUAUCCUGACCCCCAAAGAGCAAAGGGGCAGUCUGGAACCUAGUCAUUACUUCAUAAACGGCGGCAUAUUUCAGUCUGUUGGCGUUAUAUCUUUUGCGUUUGUUUGUCAUCAUAAUUCCCUCCUAAUCUACGGUUCCCUCAAGACGCCCACGAUAGACAGGUUCUCGAAAGUGACGCACUACUCGACCGGCGUCUCCAUGGUUGCGUGCCUGGUCAUGGCCGUGUCCGGGUUCCUCGUCUUCGGCGACAAGACGGUCGGCAACGUGCUCAACAACUUCCCAUCGGACAACACCAUGGUCAACGUCGCGCGGCUGUGCUUCGGGCUAAACAUGCUCACGACGCUGCCGCUCGAGGCCUUCGUCUGCCGCGAGGUCAUGCUCAAUUACUACUUCCCCGGCCAGCCGUUCAACAUGAACCUUCACCUCAUCUUCAGCACGAGCCUGGUCGUCAGCGCCAUGACGCUCAGCCUCGUCACCUGCGACCUGGGGUCCGUGUUCGAGCUUGUCGGCACUACCAGCGCCUGUGCCAUGGCCUACAUCCUGCCUCCGCUCUGCUACAUCAAGCUGGCCACGCGGUCGUGGAGGACGUAUAUGGCCAUGGCUGUGGUGGCCUUUGGGUGCACUGUCAUGGUCAUCAGUUUGUUACAGUCCGUUGGUAAGAUCAUAAGAGGUAAGUCCCGAUUACUAUUUCCCUUCGUCUCCGGCUUACAGGGAGCCGCCCCAGCUAAUUGA